GCUGGUGGUGACCUGACACCGGCCUUGAGAGAAGACUUUGCCUUUUAGCCUGUGACGCACAGAGAAAAGGAGCUCGCUUGUAAUAAAAAUAAGCACGGUCUUCUUUAUCUCUGCGUUUCUUUGUGCACGGUACUAUUCCAGUUAUUGCCUGGAGCCUUUUUGGUGUCAGUUUUCUGUGAAACUGCGAGAACAUGAGAUGCCAUGAGAGGAGAUGAAGCUGACUUACCGGGAAACAGAAAAGUGACAAAGUCCCAAAUGAGAACUGAUCUGCAGAAAGCACUGAACGUAUGUUGACUGAGGCACUGAACCAUUGUCCUACUCCUUGUGGGCCUCCAAAAUCCAGGGCUUUCACAACCUCAGAGGGCUGAGCUGCAAAUACCGGCUGGCACUGUAAUAUUGAAUACAUGUUUGGCAUUGUUGGUAUUCCAGUCACUGAAAUUGCAAUUGCAGCCCAGGCAGCUGGAAUAAAAUAUGUGGGAAUGAGAAAUGAACAAGCUGCCUGUUAUGCUGCAUCUGCUGUUGGAUAUUUGACUGGCAGACCAGGAGUAUGUCUUGUAGUGUCCGGUCCAGGUUUUUUACAUGCCCUUGGUGGGAUGGCAAAUGCAACCAUUAACUGCUGGCCUUUGAUUGUUAUCGGAGGUUCUUCUGACAGAAAUCAGGAAACCAUGGGAGCUUUCCAAGAAUUCCCACAGGUUGAAGCUGGUAGGCUGUACAACAAACUCUCUGUCCGCCCAAGCAGCCUGGAAGUUAUUCCUGCUGUUAUUGAAAAGGCUGUAAGAACCAGCAUAUAUGGUCGUCCAGGUUCCUGCUAUAUUGACAUACCUGGGGACUUUGUGAAUCUUCAGGUGAAUAAGAGCUCUGUCAAGUAUGUGGAAUGCUGCCUGCCACCUCCCAUCAGCAUGGCUGAACACUCUGCUGUAUCCAAAGCAGCCUCUAUCCUUGCUCUUUCCAAGCAGCCUCUGCUAAUCAUUGGCAAAGGUGCUGCUUAUUCACAUGCUGAAAACAACAUCAGAAAGUUGGUGGACCUUUGUGGACUGCCUUUUUUGCCCACGCCAAUGGCAAAAGGAGUAGUUCCUGAUAACCAUCCAAAUUGUGUAGCUGCAGCAAGAUCCACGGCAUUACAACAUGCUGAUGUAAUCAUCUUGCUUGGUGCAAGGUUGAAUUGGAUUUUGCAUUUUGGUCUUCCACCAAGGUUUCGACAGGAUGUAAAGGUUAUUCAGGUCGAUAUUUGUGCAGAAGAGCUGGGGAAUAAUGUAAGACCUGCUGCAAUUUUAUUAGGUGACAUAAACGCCGUGACUAAGCAGCUCUUAGAAGAAUUCAGCAAAAGAUCGUACAAAUAUCCUUCUAAUUCAGAGUGGUGGAAGAGGCUAAGAGUGAAAAUGAAGAACAACGAGGAAAGAUCAAAGGAAUUAGCAUUACAGAAAUCCCUGCCUAUGAAUUAUUAUACAGUCUUUCAUCACAUCAGAGAACUGAUACCCAAAGACUGCAUUUUAGUAAGUGAGGGAGCAAACACCAUGGACAUUGGACGGACUAUGCUUCCAAAUUACUAUCCCCGUCAAAGGCUUGAUGCAGGUACUUUUGGAACAAUGGGAGUGGGGCUGGGCUUUGCUAUAGCAGCUGCAAUGGUAGCCAAAGACCGAGCACCUGGAAAGAGAGUCAUCUGCAUAGAAGGAGACAGUGCUUUCGGAUUUUCUGGCAUGGAGGUGGAGACUAUUUGCAGGUACAAUUUGCCAAUCCUGAUUAUCAUAGUGAACAACAAUGGGAUUUACACUGGUUUGGAUGCAAAUUCCUGGAAGGAGAUGUUAAAGUUGGGCAAUCCUGCUACAUGUGUACCUCCUGUUUCCCUCCUGCCAAAUUCACACUAUGAGGAAAUUAUGUCUACCUUUGGAGGUAAAGGAUACUUUGUUAAAACACCAGAAGAACUGCAGAAUGCUCUGAAAGCAAGCUUGACUGACAAGGAAACACCUUCUCUUAUUAAUGUAAUGAUUGAUCCACAAUCCGAGAGAAAGAAACAGGAAUUUCCCUGGCUGACUCGUUCUAACCUGUAGUAGAAGAGGAAGAUGAUGGUGGUGCAGGGCAGUACGUUAAACAAAACUGAAUUGGUUUCUGGAAGUGGAACUGAUACAACUGUAUUUUACAUAGGCAUUGGAACAAAGUGGGAUUUAGAACUGCUAUUAGAGGAAUCUUUAAAUGCUAAAAUGAGCUAAUUGUAUAAUGAGAAAGACACAUAUGAAUGUAUAACAGGCCUUCUAGCAGAUUGUGCAGAAACACUGAUGAUAAAAUUACAGUUUUUCUUUUACUCAGAGUAAUUCCCAUCAUUUGUGAAUUAAAAUCUUGGAUGUCCUGGAUGAACAGAAUAAGCUGAGGGUUUUAUGCUGACACUGAAACAUGGAAGUCUUUGACAGUCUGCAACUAUAGUAGUUUCAUUCUUAAUCAACCACCAACGUGAUACUUGUUAGAGACUUUGUCCUCUAAGAACCAAAAAAAAAAACAUCUUAUGCAAAAGUCUUGCUUGCUCUCAUUAUGUGUCGAAGCCCAUUGCAUUGAUAGUAGCUUCCUAAUUUUACAGAUUCUUUUUCAGCUUCUACUAAAUGUAGAAGUAGUGUAUUAAAAAUCCAGACUUACUCAAGGGCUAAACUUCUGUCUACUGAAUUUGGUUUUGUUAACUGGGACUUAUGGUGCUUGUUGGAAAGUAAAAUCCUAGAUCUUUUUUUGAAGGUUUGCUCUUCACACAAACACUGUUAUCCCCGUAGGUUGAAAAUGUGGCUGUAUUUAUUAUAUAUUAUAUAUGUUAUGAGAUUUCCAGGAUUAAUAGUUUAUAAAUCUUUAUAAUUAGAAGUAUUAAAAAAAAAAAACACUACUACCACCAUCAAAACAACAACAACAAAA